ACCCGCUUUCAGUGUCUUGUCCCGAGACAGAGAGACCCACCCAUGCACCGAUGUCAACAGGCAUGGGGCUGCUACUCACUAUACGAGAUCUACUGCUACGUUUUCUGUGGUGAUGUGUGAUGUACGGAGAUUAUGGAAGUAAAGAAAAGAGACAAUCGAACAGGCAACACAUACUAAAACAAAGGAAAGGAACAAAGUUGAAAACCGAGCAGGGACGAUGGCCCAUGGGUCCGGCUCCCGGCAGGAAACGUUUCCCGGGACGCAAAAGGCAAAUAGUAAUCCAACAAGCAAAAGACAUACAUACAAGGCAAGCAACCCAAACCUCGCUAAGAUAUCAAAACAGAAAACAGUCAGUGAGAGCUCUGGUUUCUCAGCCACAAUUCACGAAUGUAAUGGAUAGCACUCCCCCCCAAACCAUGCACUGAUUUGGUACAUGCGUGCACAAGCGCACCACAACGAAAACCACCAUGCUACCUCCUCUCGAUUUUAAGGAUAUUCAAGAAAAGUUCUCCUCCCAUUUCAGACCUUGGCACCGCUCCUUUCAGUUCUGGGUACGAACCGCUGAUAUCUACACCGGCUACAAGGCGUUUCAGCUUCGAGUGAGUUUCGAGAAGGAUGUGCAAAAGCAAGAGGCAAUGUGGGAAAGACAACAUGAACUCGCGGCUGAGAAGAUAUAUGCCAUGUGCUUCGACCUCGGUGGAUUUUUCCUCAAGGUUGCUCAAAUUGUGGGGAAGCCUGACUUGGCCCCGGCGGCAUGGGUGAGAAGGCUUGUGACCCUAUGUGAUCGAUCUCCUGCAACCCCAUUUACCGACGUACAACUUGUGCUGGAGAAGGAGUUUGGUCGAAGUAUUACUGAAAUAUUUGAAAGAUUUGAUGUGGAUCCUAUUGGUUCGGCUUCAAUUGCCCAGGUACACCGAGCAAGAUUGAGAGGUGAUAAGAGUGAUGUUGUUGUUAAGGUGCAACAUCCUGGAGUUCAGGAUCUGAUGAUGACAGACAUCCAUAACUUGCAAGCUUUUGCGUUAUAUAUGCAAAAGACAGACAUCAAAUUUGAUCUGUACUCAGUAACUAAGGAAAUGGAGAAACAGAUUGGAUAUGAAUUUGACUUCACCAGGGAGGCCAAUGCUAUGGAAAGGAUUCGACAUUUCCUAUAUGAGAACAACAAAAAACCUCCUGUUUUGGUUCCACGAGUGAUACGGAAUAUGGUCAGCAGGAGGGCCUUAGUGAUGGAAUAUAUUGACGGAAUUCCAAUCCUGAACCUUGGUGAUGAAAUAGCGAAAAGAGGGAUAGAUCCUGGUGGUAAGAUUGCGGCGGUGGCAAAGCGGAAAAUCCUUGAAAGUUUGACACUAGCAUACGGUCAAAUGAUACUGAAGAGUGGUUUCUUCCAUGCCGAUCCCCAUCCAGGAAAUAUUCUGAUCUGUAAAGGUUCCGAGGUUGGCUUACUAGACUAUGGGCAAGUGAAGGAUCUCCCAGAAAAUUUGAGGCUUGGUUAUGCUAAUCUUGUUGUCGCCAUUGCUGAUAGUGAUCCUAUAAGGGUGUCUGAGAGCUACAGGGAGUUGGGCAUUGAUACCUUAAGCAAAUGUGAAAAUGAACAGCUGGAAUUGCUGAAGUUAGCAGAGACUAUGUUUGAUACAAAACUACCCCCAGGAGUAGUGAUGCUACAACCUUUCUCAGAAGAGUCUUCGAUAAAAAAAAUUGCUGUUCAGGCUUUUCCAGAAGAACUUUUUUCUGUACUUCGGACGGUGCAUCUCUUGAGAGGACUUAGUGUUGGUCUUGGAAUCAACUACUCUUGUGCAGAACAGUGGAAACCCAUUGCAGAAGAAGCUUUGUAUCGUGCAGGCAGGUUAAAAGGCAAGGACAUCAAGCCUCGGACUCGUAGGCGCAGUUUCUUAAGAAGAUUAUAGCAAAGAGACUAGCUGGCUUGCUGACAUGAGGAGACAUGAAUCAAUUUCCUGAUAUUCUAAUUAAACAUUUCCUAUUUGUUUAAC